AACACGGGGUCCCCAGCCCGGCAGGGGAUGCUCGGGGAGGCGGGAGUCGGGCAGGAGUGGCUGGAGGAAGGGAGGAGCAGUUUUACAGCCGUAAUUCCACUCUUUGGUGAGGCUGGGACAGGCUUCAUUGUCUCUUGCGUUUCUCGGGGGUGCCUGAUGUUAAAAGUCCUGCCAGUGAAGAAUUGCCCUCUUUGGAGUGGAGCACAGAUCCUCCCAGGAGGACGAGGAGCCAUCAGGAAGGGCGAGGAGCCACGGGGAAGGGCGAGGAGCCAUCGGGAAGGGCGAGGAGCCAUCGGGAAAGGACGAGGAGAUAUCGGGAAGGACGAGGAGCCAUGGAGAAGGGCGAGGAGCCAUCGGGAAAGGACGAGGAGCCGUCGGGAAGGGCUGACCAAGGGCUGCUGAGGCCAGCGCCUCC